CGCAGCCUACUCAGCUCCUGCGGUUUAAACUUGGCGGGCCUGAUGCAGACGGCGGGGCCAUGGCGGGUGGCCUCUCCUACUCUGUGCACCCGCUUCCUCGCCCGCUGCCAGCCAGACUCCCGACCCUCCUCGAUCUCCGUCGCCAACUUCAUAGCGGACUCUCGGGGCCCAGGCCUGGAGGAGGUGGCGGUGACUGAGUGCCUGUCGCCGCCGCCUUUGAGCUGCAGCAACUCCACCCUGUCCCUGUUGUCUCCCCUUGGCCGCCAGAGCUUUCCAUUUGGCGAGGACGACAGUGAAGGGGAGGAUGAAGAAGCCCUGGACGAAGAUGCCCGUGUGUCAGAGGCCAUGGUGGAGAGUCUGGAAGGAAUGGAGUUAAAGGGGCGCUCCAGCUGUGAGCCUGAGUCCCAGGAUAAACAAGUACAGAAGCAGGUGCAGUUACGGGAAAGCAGCCUGACACCUUGGGAGAUAUGGUUUGUUGGCAAAGAAAAAGAAGAGCGUGGCCGGCUACAACAGAAAGUUCUAGAGGAAUUAAAUCAACAAAUAGAAAAAAGAAAAGAAAUGGAAGAACGUGAAAAAAGAAAGAUAAUUGCUGAAGAAAAGCACAAGGAAUGGGUUCAGAAGAAAAAUCAACAGGAAAGGAAAGAAAGGGAACAAAAAAUUAAUAAAGAAAUGGAAGAAAAAGCAGCAAAGAAACUGGCAAAAGAAUAUUUGCAAGAAAAAGCAAAAGAAAAAUAUCAAGAAUGGUUGAAGAAAAAAAACGCUGAGAAGUGUGAGAAGAAGAAAAGAGAGAAGGAAAAAGAAAAGCAACGGCAAGCAGAAUUACAGGAGAAAAAGGAAAUAGCAGAAAAAAAGUUUAAGGAAUGGUUGGAAAAUGCAAAAAAUAAACCUCGUCCAGCUGCACAGAGCUAUGGUUACGCCAGUGGAAAGCUUACAGGUUUUUACAGUGGAAAUUCCUACCCAGAACCAACUUUUUAUAACCCAAUCCCAUGGAAGCCAAUUCAUAUGCCCCCUCCUAAAGAAGCUAGGAGUGAGUCUGGAAAGAAGAGUAAGCGCCCUGUGACAAGUCAGCCCCGCCCAUCGUCGUCCCUGGCAGUUCAUAAAGCCAAGAACAACCUUUGCCUUGUAACUCUGUGCCCUGCCCAAAGAUAGAGCAUAUGGACAUAACAUACCUUUGUAUCUAGAGCUUCUGAGGUGUAAACUCUGAACAGAUUUCUUAAUAC